GGCCUAACUAAAGACCAUCAACAAGCUAGUUAGCAGUAAUGAACGCUAACGACGAUGCUGCUCCAGCAACAUGGAAACAUGGACUAGCUGAGUGAGACUCACUUGAGCUGCUUCGACAAUCAUUAUCAAGCUUUCGGACUCGGCAGUUCAGGGAGUUUGUAAUUAGCUUGCCCCAUUCAUGCGGUCGUCGGUGCCCGGAGGAGUUUGAGCACUCGGAGGCGGGCAGACCUCAGUCAUCAUCUCGCUGGGACAACCAGGACAACACGGCUCACUCACCGAGUAGGAGCAUGGUGGUCCCGGACAGUGCCAAUGUGGUCCCACAACCCGACCCUGGCAGUCCCAAUGGCCUCCUGGAGAGCUCCGAUCCUGGGUGCCAGGAGGAAGUGGACGAUGGUCAAGACCUGGCAGGGGUGGAGUUGGAGGAGGUCCGAAAGUUGCAGGAGCUCGUUCGGAGGUUGGAGGUCCAGAAUGAGACCCUGCGCACCAGGGGGAGCAAAACCAUUAUCAACAGAGGUUCCAGCGGGAACGGCAACCUCACAGCUGCUGUCAAUAUCAACGAGACGCAGACCUGCGAAGGGAUGACCAACUCCAACCUCAGAUUGGAGCACAGUGGCAGCACAGACUUUGAGCUGUUGACCCCGCAGGACAGCAGCAGCGGAGAAGACAUGUCCCCCCUGCCCGUGGCUAACAGGCUGGAGGAAGUAGAAGAGGAUGAAAAGGGUCCGUGCGGGGGCUUUCUCACCUUGACCUGCAGCAACGGAGGGGGAAUGUCGCUGGGGCAAAGCCAGACGCCAGAGAGCCCCUCUCAGGGAAGUUAUGAGUCAGAGACACUUGCGGAGAGCGACUCAGGGGUCGACCAAACCGCACUGGAUGAGGUGGAUGUCCUAGAUUUGGAGGAUGAGUGUGCAGAAAUUGAGGACGAGGACAGUUGGUUGUACGUGUCACCCAAAAAGCAAGUGGCAGAUCAAGGCCCAGAGUCUCCAUUGAAGUGGUGUCGGCAGGCUCUCGACCACCGCAGUCCAGAGACGGAAAUGGCUUGUCGGACCCUUAUCAGCCGCUUGGACCAAUCGUCUCGAUGGAGGAACAUGUACAGUAGCCCGUCAGCAGAGGGAGGCUCAGCAUCAGGCCUGAUCUCUCCUGGGUACCACAAAUCAACUAACAAAUCCCUACUAACCUGUGGCAGCUCAGGUGUCACUAGCAUGCAGUCAGCGCUGAGCUCCCAGUCCUCCAUAGACAGCGAGCUCAGCACAUCAGAUGACUCCAUCUCUAUGGGCUACAAGCUGCAGGACCUCACUGAUGUCCAGAUUAUGGCUCGCCUGCAGGAAGAAAGUCUGAGGCAGGAUUAUGCUUCCAGCUCAGCGUCUGUGUCACGCCGCAGCUCGACAGCCUCCCUGCAGUCCUUGCGCCGUGGUGGCACAUACAGCGAUCAGGAGUUUGACAGUUACAGCCUGGAGGACGAAGAGGACGAGUUUUGCUCCAUGCCCCAGCGACGACAUCGCUUCACCCCUUCGCCCUUAGGCUCACCCAGGUGCCUGUCUCCCUCCACCUCCAAUCACGGUCAGGAAUACAACAGCAGACUCGCUGCACCACGCACAAGAACACCCAGAAGAUCUCUCCAGGGCCCAAGUGCAGAGCUGCUGAAAUUUGCCAAGAGUGAGGAGGAGUUGAGGCACAGCAUGCCUAAUUUGGCCCCCCGCACCAGCCUACGUUCCCUGGAGGCAGUCAGAAACAGCCGCAGCAUGGAGGCUAACCUCCAGAGCUCUGGCAACCGCAUGUCCCGCCUUCCACACUCCCCCUCCACAGGGAUGGCUUCUAGUCGGCUGCGUAGCAAUGGUCAGUCCCCUCUCUCCCUGCGGGCUCCAGUUAAAGCCGUCACUCCCAUGGCAGCUGGUCGUCAGGCUUCCAGGGGUCUGCCAGUUGUUCAAGCACCACCUGCAGAAAGGGGUCGCAGGGUCCAGUCCCCGGGGUCUGCCAACAGUGGAGCCUACAUACCUGGAAGGGCCUCCACUGGGGCGGGGAGAGCUGCGGUGGGCCGAGGACAGGCUGCACCAUCAGCAUCCACCAGGAGUAAACUUUCACAGCCUACGAGGAGGUGAGCACCUAAAUGGUCUUUGGGAAUGACCAAAAUCUCUGAUGAAUCCUGGAAAGAUGGCUGUUACUGAGUCUGGCCUGUGAUGAAGGAUGUUCACUGCUUCAACCCUCACCUGACCUCUCCCCACCUUGCCUCUUAUAGUACAAAAAGACUCACAAAUGUGUUGUACAACCUUUUGGUCCCCUAUUUCAAACUGGGCUGCACUGGAUUCGUACUUGAAACUCAUCUCUUCUCCUUGCAUGAAGUAUUGUCAACCCACACAGAGACCACAGGAUGUGUAGGCAGACAAGACGGCACAUGUGCACACUCCACUCGUGUUGGACCAAUUGAGAGCUUCCAGAAGAUUCGUUUGUGUCAAUUUUACUUAUUUUUCUAUGGUGAUUGUGAGAAACCCCUGGAAUAUCAAGAGUUGUGGUACUGUUCUGUUGGUGUAAAUGAUAUGAAGACAAUUUAAAUGAAGAUAUUGUUGGUUUGUUCCUUUUUUCCAUUGUGAAUUACAACUAGAUGAAGGUGCUGAGUGCUGCAUGCUUAGUUUUGUUAUCUUAACAUUUCAGCCUAUCCAUCAUUACAUAACUGCAAUACGACAAAUCCCCCAUGUGUCCCAAAUGAUCUGUGUGAAUUUAUGAAUGUUGGAUUGAUUCAUAGUGAAAUUUUCUUAAGGUUUGUGUUGUAUUUGUGCUUUGCUAUUUGAAUACACACCAAUGCAAGUCCUGUAAACCACACUGCCCUUAUAAAUAAUACAAAAAAAACUAUGGUUUGUGCCAAGGUGCGUUUUCAGCUGCAACACUCUUUCUAAUUCCAGAAGUAAUCUUGAUUCAUGAAAGCUAUUGUAAUGGUACUGUAUUUUCCAGGCAUUUCUACUGCAUAUCUAGUGGUGGUAUCAAGUGUUUUUUUUUUUUUGCAUACCACUGUAAAAAAAAAAAAAGAAAAUGUUUAUGCACGAAGGCCACUGCCUUAGACAGCUAUGCACCCUGAUGCAGAGUGCCUCUGAAAAUGAAAUGCUGUUGAGAAAAUUAAUAUUAAAGUCUACUCUGAAACUGUA